AGGAGGGCUUUAAACUCGCAGCCGUGCUCAGCCUCGUGUCGGCGCUCACACACGAACGCACGCACGCGUGUGGGAGGCUGUCCCUGGCUCUGGUUUCCUUUGCGCCACGCGCUGGGUUUGGACUGCGGCGCUUCAGAGUCACGGAGCAGAGCCGAGUUUGGAGCCCCGCUUCGGCAGAGAUAGACCGUCGACGGCUGGGGCCAUCUCCCGCGACGUCGAGCUGCCACGCAGCCUCGCCGCCAAGAUGGAGAGCAACUGCCUGUCCUGCGUCAAAUACCUGAUGUUCUUCUUCAACUUUCUCAUCUUCCUUGGAGGCGCGGCGCUGCUGGCAGUCGGCAUCUGGGUGGCGGCCGACCCCCGUGGCUUCCGGGAGAUCGUCGCGUCCAACCCGCUGCUGUUCACCGGCACGUACAUCAUGCUGGCAGCGGGCGUGGUGCUCUUCCUGCUGGGAUUCCUGGGCUGCUGCGGCGCCAUCAGAGAAAGCCGUGGCUUGCUGAUGACGUUUUUCGUGUUCGUGCUGCUCAUCUUCAUCGUGGAGCUGGUGGGAGCCGUGACGGCCUUUGUCUUCAAAACCCGGCUGAAUGAAGAUUUUUUCAAGAAUGACCUGAAAAAGCAGUACCGUGGAGACAACAACACAGAUGUUUUCUCGAAGACUUGGAACACCAUCAUGAUUUCACUGAAAUGCUGCGGAGUAAGUGGUGUGGACGACUUUGGGAAGGACUCCGUCUUCCACGAGCUCUACCAAAUGCAGCCCAUGCCGGAGGCCUGCUGCAAGCGGCAGAUGAACGGCCAGGAGGGCCACUCCAUCAACAAGACCAGGUGCUUCAGCCAAGACCCAGACUUCUACAACAAAGAGGGCUGCUACCUAACCAUGCUGAAAUCCUUCCAAAUGUACGUGUACGUGGUCGGGGCGGUUGGCAUCGGAGUGUUGGCCAUAGAGCUCUUCGCCAUGAUCUUUGCGAUUUGUUUGUUCCGGGGAAUCGAUUGAAGCCUCGUCGACGCAUCUCUGCUCGCCGCGUGCAACUGCCACGGGGCCCACCACAGAUAACGAAUCGACGAGGAUAUAUUUUUUAAAAUCACAACUAGCUUCGAAGCUGUGUCGUGUGCAAUUGCGUUUUAAUUUAUUGUGUAUAGAAUGUAUUUGUACGGUGGCUGAUUGUACAAAUGAGUGGAAAUUUUGUCCAAGCGUGCUGUUGCACCGUUACUUGGACGCUAGGGAUUUAUUUACCAUUUUUAUUAGGUUUUUUUUCCUCUCUGGGUAUCCAAUUUAAUCGUGUGUAAUGUUACCGAAAUAGACCUUUUUAACAUUUUCGGUAACAGCAAAUAUUUAGAGUAACUAAGUACAUUUUAACGAGUAACGUUUUUGUUGAUUACAUUCAACACACAUGGAGGCAAUCCACGAUCAUCUUACUUCACAUCUGGAAGCUAUCAUUGUAAAUAGCUCUCUCCAAUAGAUAACGAUUUCAUUAAACACUGGUUGUAUAAUACAGGCUCAACUCGUGUGAAAAAACUGCCGAAAUUAAGAGGUGAAAGUAUGACAUGGAAUUAAUUUGUAUACUUUAUUUUGAUCUCUGCAUAUAUAUUUAGUUACCUUAAUUAGACACACAUGCUAAGGUUUUCUUAGCAUGCUUUGAAAGCACUUAGUUUUCCUUUUGUUUUACGUACGUGAUGUAGUGUUCAAUUGGUAACAGAUACAUUUUGAGUCAAACUAAAGUAUUUAAAGAGUUGCAAUACUGCAUUUUAAUUCAAAGGCAAUAUUACAAUAAACAUGGAAAGCCUGUACCAAAAAUGUAAUGAGUGACAAUGAAAGUUUCUUGUUUGCCAAAUACACUCUUUUCGUGUGCAUAAGAAUUGUAACAAGCUUACUUAUUAUACCUUGCUGUGGAACGUAAGAAAGUCCAAGAUAGAAAUAAAAACGUAAAUAUAUGUUUAUAAAUAAAGGUUUCGCCCAGGUAAUAAAUACACUAUUACAUGUUAAAUAUGCCAUAUAAAAAUAAAGAAUAUUUUUUUUCUACAUUAAAAAAUAAAUAAUUAGCAAAGCCAGUGUUAUUAUUUUAUUACUUCUGUUCUUUAUCACAGUAGUCUAGGAGAAGACCUUUGAAAUAAUGAAAUGGAUGUAGUAUUCUGAGAGCUCAAAAUUAUAAUAAUAAUAAAAAAGGCGGCAGAUAAUUCAGUAAUACCCUUGAGAGAUUGAAGCAGAACAAACCCACCAUUGAAAUCCAAAAAGACAGGAAGCGUAUGUGAUGUGGAUAUGUUGAAAUGUUCAAUGGGAUUGCCUUAUGGGAGGUCUGACUCGUAACGGAUUUUUUUGGUUUGGCAAUAGUCCCAAAGUGUGAUGAUGGAAAAAUGCAAAACCUAACGAAAAAUGCAAUCCAAAAAACGAAAAAGUCUUAGAUAAAUGUCAUGGGGUGUCGAAAAUCGGUUUGAAUCUUUGUUAAUAAGAAUUGAAAGUCAUGGCCAUAUUAAUUUGAGUUGUUACCGUCAUAGUAACAUCUCGUGACAUCACAAUUACGCUGGGGUGCUGUCAACACCAUUCACAAGGGUUGAAAGCCCCGUUACAUGGGCGACUUCGUGACCCGCGGUGCAUCAUGGGAGCUUCUCCACGGAACUCGUAAGCACACGUCGAGGACUUUGAUAGCCAUAAUGGUGGCAGGGUGGAGCGGUGGCGCAGUGGUUAGCACAGUGAGUUUAAUUCGCAGGCACUGCUCCACGUGGGUUGCGACAUCUGAACCGAUCCCUAACGUGGUGAAGUAUGGUCAAACAACCCCCACGACCGACACGGUGUGGGGAUGCCCUCAUCCAGUCGAGAAUUGACAAAGGGAUAUUAUUUAUAUGUUAUCAUCAUUAUAGUGGCACUUUGUCCUGUAGCCAGGAGCCAGGAGUUGAGUGGUGAAGUGGACAACCACUGCAUUGCCAAGUAUUACUAUAUUCAUAAAUAAAUAAAAUGGCCUGCAUUUGUUUUGUGGGUUGCAUGUUCAUUUAGGUUGGUUAAAUGUUGCCAUAACUCUGCUGAGCUUUUGCCCUUGUCCAGAGUUCUGCUCCAAUUGGUUAUCCAUUGGACACAAUCGAAUAAGGCCCCUCUUUGAAAAUGUCCCAAAUGAUGUGGGUGAAAUUGACAUUGCUGAGCAGUAGCAGUACAGACUGUGGCUGAGUUUGAUUUUCAACGAUUUGUUUUCUGCUCAGCUAUUAACUAUGUUAUGGUGCUUAUGUCAGCUAUUGUUGAACUUAUUAUGUGUGACCAACUUUGCUGGCCCAAUUGUCAAUGUUAUUCAUCCCAAUGGCGUUUCACAGACUGUGAUGCAUUCCAGGCUGCAGGUUUAUGAACGGCAAAUGAAAGGUCAGGUAUUGUUUGGUCGAGUUAAAAAGUGUUUAAGAGAGACGAGGAGAUUUUGUUCUGACUUCUGAAUCUUGGCCAACAGGCUAAUUUAAAAGGGCAAUGUUUUAUAAUCUGCAGAACCAUUUACUCAAGAGAAUUUAGCAAUUUAUUUAGUAGAUUCGCCUACUCAAUUAUUAAAAUGUUUUGACUGCUAACCGAAUGCAAUUCCGGUCAUGUUUAAAUUUGAAGGCAAUAAUGUGACAUGAGCUUAAAUGACAGUGUUAUUUAGAAAAGUGAACAAUAUGCAAAUGAGGGCAUAUCUGCAGAUUUAACUUAUCCUCAUUAAUGUUCUCCAGAUUCACCCCUAACCAUUGACCUAGUCUACCAAUCACACCACGCUCAGCCAAUGAAACAACAUCCGCUGUCGCCAUGGCAACUCAGAAAGUCCUGGCACAGUGUGGUGUGAGGGGUAGAGCUCCGAGAGACAUCAGAAUCCAGGAUAUUGCAUUUGAGAAUAACCUCACUUGACUGAGCCUCAUCCCAUGCGAUUAAUAUCAAAUGCGCCCUUCCACACUCUGCCCUGCAGAAGUCCCGUGGCAUAUUCCACAAUAACUCACAGUGGCAUAAUCUUCUGACCAAAGGGGACAGGGUAUAGUCACUGAAGAAAUGGGUUGGCCGUGAUGGAUGAAUGUCGAGAUGCGUGUAUGACAUCGAGAGGCAUUGCUGCCGAUGCAAGGCGAUGGCUAGAGUCACAUCGCGGUAACGCGUGCCUUUGUUCUGCCGUCCCUGCGUGAACUCCACCGUGAGCUGUCACGUGAAGUUAUUGUCCCAGCGCAGAUGUUCGUCAACAGUGGUAAAAUGCCUUGCCCUUGGCUUGUAUAUUUCUAGGAUUCUUUUCCUUUGCUUGUUUCACUCUGAUUUAGAAAGACCUUGGGAAGAUUUGGGCCCAGCAUAUUGGAAGGAAAAACAAUCGUUAGUGAAAAAAAUAUACACACGUUUGAUGAAAAUAACUUGCAUUAAGAUGAAUAAUCUAAUCAACAUAUGGUCUUCAAGAGCAUGUAGAUUUUUUUUUUUUUACAAAUUAGCAUUUUUGUGAUACGUUUUCCAUACAAUGCAUUUUUAUAUAAUAACAUUUUCAGCCAGGCAAGUUGUGGCACACGCCUGAGAUCCAGCACUGGGUGUCGAAGAGGCGUCACACCCUGGCUCGCAGGAGAGGGCAGUACAGCACGUUGACUCAUCGCUAUCUGUUUCCAUCUGUACGAGGAUGGGGUGUUACCGCCUUGUGCACACGUGGGUUUUCUCCGGGUGCACUUGUACAAUAAAAACACUCGUUCAUUGGCUGAAAGCAUCUUGAUAUAAAAAAACCCGAAUGCAGAACCCUCCUGCAAAAAAGAGUCUUACGGCUCAGUGUGGUUUUCCUAGGGGCGUAAAUAAUAAUUGUACGAUAUGUUUGUUGAGACCAAUUCAACUGUUGACAUGUAUUUAAUUGGUAACGUUUUACUGCUAAUUUUACAUAAGUAUGCCCUGUAGGCAAACCUUUUACAGCACGAUUUUCUCACACCAAGAUUCAAACAAGUGCUUUAUAACAAGUCCUACAUCAGUAAUUUCUUUUGUAUUUUAAAGGUAACAUCACAAUACUGGUGAUGUGUUGCUGUUAUGAAUAUCAAGGAAAAUAUAUUGUAUGUAUUGCUGUGCAUCACAUACGUCGUACCGCAUAUGAUUAAAAGCGAAAUAUUACACGCGAUUGCAAGUAAGAUGACAUUUUAUUACAUAAUCAUGCAGCAGUUUAAAUGAUUAAAUGGUGCAUUCCAACGUACACAUGCUGAGUUGAAUAGGGAAAUAAAGAAAUGUACCGAGAUUGUGAGUGACGCUUUUAAAAUGCUAUAAAAAAAGACUAUGUAAUAA